AUGAACUGUUUCAAGGCAGUCUAUGACACGCAAACUCGCGACUGUCACAUAAAAGGAACUGGAUUGCUCACUUGGGUGGACAACGGUCGAUUUGAUGUAAUUCAGGCGGAACAGAUCAAUAUCGCACGUUGCCCAUAUGACCAGACAACAUACAAGAAUGGCGGUGCUAUCAAGGGUGUGAACAAUGUCAAUGAUUGCGCGAAGCGUUGUUCAACAAUUGCCACUUGUACACAGGCUGUCUUCGAUUCCGCAGCCAGGGUGUGUCACAUCAAAGCUGAUGCCACUAAGAACACAUUGAUCUGGUCGACGGACAAGCGUUUUGAUGUGAUCCGCCUCGAGGCUACCGCAGGCCGAUCGGUGUCAGCAAACCCAGCGACUGUAGGCGCAUGGUCCGACCUCAUCCGCCUUCCCGUCAUCCCAGUCGCUGCAUACGUCGUUCCUGAGUACCCGCACUCACAAAGGUUGCUUGUCUUCUCGAGCUGGGGUUCCGACUCUUUCGGUGGUGAAGGUGGCAAGACGCAGUUUGCGGAUUACAACUUCAAGACUGGUGCCGUUUCUGCUCGCACAAUCGCAAACACCAAGCACGAUAUGUUCUGCCCAGCAAUUAGCAGUCUGGAAGAUGGCCGUAUUCUCAUUCAAGGUGGUAGUGAUGCAUCAGCAACCAGCUUCUACGACCCUACUACGAACUCCUUCACUCGCGGACCCGAUAUGAAGAUGGCUCGCGGCUACCAGACCUCGGUCACACUCUCCGACAACCGCGUGUUCACCAUUGGAGGUGCUUACUCAGGAAAACGCAUGGGCAAGGAUGGAGAGGUCUACAACCCCAAGACCAACGCAUGGACUGCGCUUCCUGGAGCGAAGGUUGGCCCGUUGUUGACCAAAGACCAUGAGGGAAUCUGGCGCGAGGACAACCACGCGUGGCUGCACUCGUGGAAGAACGGCUCCGUGUUCCAGGCUGGACCCAGCAAGGCUCAGAACUGGUACGGUACCGCAGGAACCGGAUCACAGGUUGCUGCAGGUAUCAGAGACACGGUUGGCGAUUCCAUGUGCGGUAUGUCUGUUAUGUACGAGCCAGGAAAGAUCUUCAGCGCAGGUGGCUCCCAGGACUACACAGAUUCCGCCGCCAACAACCGCGCUCACAUCACCACGAUUGACGAGCCGAACAUGCCCUCCGUUGUUGAGCGCGUUGCAGACAUGGCCUACCCCCGCGGCUUUGGUAACAUGGUUGUUCUUCCAGAUGGCAAGAUCAUCGUAACCGGUGGCCAGAAGCGCUCAAAGGUUUUCACCGACGACGACGGCAUCCUCCAGGCGGAGAUGUUUGACCCAGCUACCAAGGCCUGGAAGACACUUUCUGCCGAAGCCGUGCCCCGUAACUACCACUCCGUCAGCAUCCUGCUCCCAGAUGGACGUAUCUUCACCGGUGGCGGUGGUCUUUGCUACCUUGCCAAAGUCGGCGCCAACUCAGCCAACUGCAACAAGCUCGUCGACCACGCAGACGGCCAGAUCUUCUCGCCUCCAUAUCUAUUCAAAGCCGACGGCUCGGAAGCACCGCGACUCAACAUUGCUUCUUUGAGCUCUACCAAAGUCAAGGUUGGUGGCAAACUGUCAAUCAAGUUGGAGGCCGCAUGCAACGGGCACAAAUUCGUGCUCGUACGCAUUGGUAGCGUCACGCACUCCAUCAACAGUGACCAGCGCCGCAUCCCGUUGACCAACGUCACUGGCAAAGGCGACACAUACACCGUCACCAUGCCCAACGACAGCGGAGUCCUGAUUCCCGGAUCAUACUACCUGUUCGUGCUCUCUGCAGAGGGCGUGCCGAGUCUGGCGCGCACCGUUCAGGUCACUUUGUAAGAUAUAUCACGAUGGGGCGAAAGUGAAGACGAAAGAAUGACGGAGCGGCACGCGACAUGCACACAUGGUUUUCCUUUGUUCCUUACACUCCUUAGAGACACGCUUGUAGUUUGUAAUCUUUAGUAUCAAAUGUGACUGAGGCUACCAUUUCG